AUGGCUGUAGCUGCUUAUGCAUCUUUGGUUUCUCUUACUCAUGUUCUCAAAAAUCUCCAUGGUCGAGCCCGUUUAAAUCUCCCUCGUGCCGACAUCAAACAAGUCGAAGCGCUCCAGGAAAAUGUAAAUCUUUUGCUUGAAUUUGUCGAGCUUCAUUCAGAAAGGAAGAGCCCAGAGCUUCAAGGUCUGUGGAGGCAAAUGGCUGAGGCGGCCGCUGAAGCAGAAAGUGCCAUCAACUUCCAUGUAAGCAAUCUACUCUAUGCAAGAUCUCAGGGAGAAACAAGUGACGAUGCAGGCUUCUCAGAUUUCUGUGAAGAAAUGGAGGCACUUAGCCAAAAUUUUCAUUCCAUUAAAAAAGAGUUGCCGAUUCAAGAAGAAGGGGAGGAUGCUCAAACUCAAAAGCAACCAAAUGCUUUUGUUCUUGCAGCUGGUUCAUCAGCAGCAUCUUCAUAUGUCAGCAAUGUUGUGGUGGGACUGGACGAUCAUGUGGAUAGGAUCAGGGACAAGCUCAUCAGAGGUGGUUCUAAUUUCCAAAUCCUCCCAAUCGUUGGCAUGGGGGGCAUCGGUAAAACAACUGUGGCUAAAAGUGUCUUUGAUGAUUCAUUUAUUGUUGACCACUUUGAUUUACGCAUUUGGCUUUCCAUAUCCCAAGAAUAUAGUAGUGAGCAAAUCCUUAAAGUGGGCCUUCAAGAAAAGGCAGGAGAAAAUGAAAUUUGUGAAAGUUUAGAUGAGUUGGGAACUAGAUUCUAUAGGAGAUUAUACAGUAGGAGGUAUUUGAUUGUAAUGGAUGAUAUGUGGACAUCUGGAGCUUGGGAUGAAUUAUGGAGGUAUUUCCCCGACAAUAUGAAUGGAAGUCGUAUGCUGUGCACGACUAGACUCUCACACAUGGCUGCUUCUUUAGGAUCGUAUGAGCCAUAUAUGUUAUCUUUUUUAAGCGAGAAUGAAAGUUGGACUUUAUUUUGUGAAAAUGCUUUUUCACAAAGAGGUUGCCCAUAUGAACACUUAGAAAGAAUUGCAAAGGGUAUUGCAAAAAGUUGUAGAGGGCUUCCUUUAGAAAUUGUUGUUAUAGGUCGUUUGCUUGCUAAUUCUGACAUGACCGUAAAAUAUUGGGAAAAUAUUGAAAAGAAUAUUAGUGCACUCGCUAAUCUAGUAGAUGAUGAGCACUGCAUGAAAGUGUUAAAUUUAAGUUAUAAGAGUUUGCCAAUUCAUCUCAAACCGUGCUUUUUAUUUAUGCGAAUUUUUCGUGAAGAUGAAUGGAUUGACAUCUCACACCUAAUUGACUUAUGGAUUGCUGAGGGAUUCAUUAAACAAGUAGAUCAUACAAGUUUGGAGAAUAUUGCAAAGGAGCAAGUAAAAAGUCUUAUAGAUAGAAAUCUAAUAUUUGGUAGAGGUAUAAAUGGAUGCGGUAUUCAUGAUCUUUUACGUGACCUUACGUUAAGAGAAUCUGACAAUGAGUUCUUUUUCCGAUUUCCAAGAUUACAAACUCUUGGAGGAUGGUUUGAUAAGGAAAUUCAAUGCAACCAUUGUGAUAAACAAGUUAAGGAUAAAGAAGGAAUAGAUGUUCGGAAACCAUUUUAUGUCUUUGGAUCGUCAUCACAAGUUAAUUGUCUUGUUUGUGAUACUUGUAAGAUGAUGUAUUCACAUAUCAAAAGACCUAGUUUGGUGAGCAUUGCCAACUACGGUGAUGGUACAGAGAAAGAUGAUUUUCUAUCAAUAGAACUUCGCCAUGUUAAUUUACAUGUGGUGAAAUUGUUGGCUCCUUCAACAUUACAAUUACUUUGGAAUCUUCAAAGUUUAAGAAUCUUUUCGACCUCUUCACUAGUGGUUUUACCGGUAGAGAUAUGGGAGAUGACACAGCUUAGAGAUAUUAUAUCUAUUUUCGAUGUUGUUUUACCUAAUCCUAGGAGAGAUUGUGUUGUCCUAAAUGGCCUUCACACCAUACAAGGAGUAUAUAAUUUCAUGUGCACAAAGGAUAUCAUUGAUAGAAUACCGAAUCUGAACAAUUUGGUUCUAAGUUAUGGAUAUGAAUCUGAGAAGAGCAAGCAAGAUUGGAAUCUGAAGAAGCAAAAUGUUCAUUAUAAAGAUGGAUCCGAGGUGGGCGAAAAACAAAUGAACUAUUCUCUAUAUAAUCUUAAGCAACUACAGAAACUUGAAUCCUUGUCGAUAAGCAAUUGCUGGGAGAAUAUAAGCUUCCCUAAUUCACUCAAACAUUUAACUUUGGCAUCUUGCCGAAUGAAAUGGGAAGAUAUGCCAAUUGUUGGUUCAUUGCUUAGUCUUGAAUCCCUUGUAAUAAUUGAUUGUGUGCAAGGAUCAGUGUGGGAGCCUGUUGAUGGGGAAUUUCGUCGCGUAAAAGUACUGAUCAUUCAAUACAAUAACUUAGUGUGUUGGAGAGCUGAUGCAAUGCACUUCCCAGUUCUUGAGCAGCUUGAGCUUAGGAACUUACCUUUAUUACAGGAGAUCCCUUCGGGCAUUGGCGAUAUUCCAACAUUGCAAUCAAUUAUUCUAGAGAGAUGCAGUGACUCUGUAAUUCAUUCAGCUAAAGAAAUAUGGGAUGAGCAACAAGAGGUUUCAAAUGAGAUUAGAAUUGAUGUUAUCGGUACAGUCUCAUAUCAAAUCGAUGCUUUCAUAGCAAGGAUUACAAGUGCUGCUUGUGAAUCUUUGGCUUAUUUCAAAUGUCUCUAUGAUAACCUCAAGCUGGUCGCACAACGUGGCCGCCACUCUCUAUGCACAAAACAAAUGAAAGUCGUGCAGGAAGACAUCCAAUUCUUGCAAAACUUUUACAAAGUUUUUCACCCAAGUAAGAGCCUAGAAAUGGAAAGUCUGUCGAACGAAAUAGCCUUGGCUGCACAUAAAGCAAAGGUCGUUAUCCGCAGGCUGCGCUUGGAAGCUUUGCUGCCUAUACUUGGAAAGAACACCCGCGACGACGUGCAAAGACUGUUGGAAAAGAUAGUUUUCAUAAAAAAGGCAUUAGCUAUGUCCGAAGCUGAAGAGGAAAAAGAAGAGCAAGGUGGAUAUGAUACACCCUGUGAUAUCGAAAAAUUGAGGAUUUUCAAGAGCAUUUCUGUUACUGAUGAUGAUUUAAGAGAAUAUCAAAUUGGUUCUAUUACGGCGACAAUGACAGAGAGUGCUAGUUUAAUCUGGUGUGAUACAGCAUGCGUUCUAGAGGUCCUACGGAAGGCUUUUGAUCUCGGCCGUCAUCAUCUGAAUAAUACGCAAAGGGAAAAUGUUGAGGAAUCCAUCUGUCUUUUACAGGAAGUUGUUGAAGUUCAUUCGGAAAGAAAAAUCCAAGAAAUUAGAUCUCAUUACCAUGAGGAGACAGGUCCUUUUCUUGCAGUAGCAGAGUAUAUGAAUUCUAAGCAUCUGUGGCGACGAUCACUGGAAGAUGCAGCUUAUGAGGACCUCCUAUUGUUCUCGAGGGAUCUCGAACAAGUGAUAGAAACGUUAGAACAAAUAAAAUGA